AUGUCCUUCUUCUUUCGCAGAUUCUUCUCCUCAGCAACCUCACCAGCAACCAUGGACGCCGCCCAGAAGAAAGCCCAGCAGUUGAUCGAUGACAAUGCUGUCAUGGUCUUUAGCAAGUCCUACUGCCCCUACUGCAACAACACCAAGCGCCUCCUCGACUCCUACAACGCCAAGUACAAGGCCAUCGAGCUCAACCAGGAGGACGACGGCGACGACAUCCAGGCCGCGCUCGCCAAGAUCACCGGCCAGAGGACGGUGCCAAACAUUUUCAUCAACAAGCAGCACAUUGGUGGCAACAGCGAUCUCGAGGCCGUGGCCAGCAAGGGCAAGGACGGCAAGAAGCUUGAGGAGUUGUUGAAGGAGGCUGGUGCUCUCUAA